CACACAUGCUAUACUUCUGCAACUUCGAUCUCGCACACUAAACCAAGGUAAAGAAGCAGAAUAGGUCCGGUGACACACAGUGAAAAUAGUUUAGAAUUGACAGUUCCGUUUCAUUACUGUUGGAAUUGCUAAACAGAGAAAGUAUUAAUUUAUAAUGACAUCCAGUUAAAAAGAAUUUACAUCUCACACGAUUCUGUAUACAGGCAAGUGCAGAGCAAAUCUUCGUGUCUAUCUUGUCACUUAAUUUGAAAUACCAUGUCCAAGCGCAUCCUUCAAAUGGAGCGUGUUCUGAAAGCUGUACCAGCAGACUUAAGAGUAAAAAUGGAGGCCCUUGUGCAUGAUUUAACUUUGGCAUUAGAAGAAAGUAGCAAUGGUGUAAAUGGCAGACGCCGUUGGGGUAUUAGAAGAAGGGCUCGUUCCACAGGAAAUAUUCCAUCGCUGAACAUGAACAAACACUCAGAUGACAGUUCAUCUUCCAUUUGUGACAUCCAUAUACCAAAAAGUACCACAGCAUCCAAAUAUCAGUCGGACAGCGAUGAUACAAAUCAAACAAAACGAUUCGCACGUUUUUCAAAUUUGAACAAUGUUAGCAACAUCGAAAGCGAUUCUGUUAAUGAAAAUUUUGUACCAAGAGGUAAUCCAAGACGUAAAAGAAAAUUUAAGAGAAUGGCUAUAGAUUCAGAUUGUAAUCCAUCAACAUCUCAAACAGUUGCAAUUAUGUCAACCACGCUUGGAGAUAAAAAGAGAAUCCUAAGAGGGGAUUGUAAAAAUAGAUACGGAACAAUAUGGUGUGGGAAACGUAAAAGAUCAUGCAGGGAACGUUCUACAGAUUGCGAGAUGAGAUCAUUAAAACCGAACCGAACUUCAAAAUCAAGAAAUCGUAUUAAAAUGCAAACGGAAGAUACUAUAGAUUGCUCUAGGAUAUCAAGUUCAAGCAUUUCAUCUAGCGAUUCAGAGGCUGGGUUAAUUACAAAUGAUGAAGAUCGUGAAGGUGAUGAUGAGCAGUCAGACUGGAUUGGAGAAUCUAGUUGGUGGGAUGAUGGUGAGAGCGCUAGUGAAGACAAAGUUACAACGGAUGCAGCUUUUCAAAUGUUGUUACAUGGAAAUUUUGAACACGUAACAGAUAAAGGAAGAAAAAGUUAUAGGCAAAGAAUUCAGAAAAUUCGAGAGGGUCUUAGCGGGAGAGAGAUCCGUGCUGGUCGUCGUCACGUUGAUAACAAGCCUGGAUAUUCGAUUAUCACAUCAGCCAACGAAAAAGUGUCCAGAUUUUUACAAGAUCCUACUCAAAGCGAACUGAAGUUACAUCCUAUGCGGCAACCGGAGCGAGAAAAACUUCGCAGACUGGCAAAUUUAUACAGUCUAAGUUUAAAAGGCGAUUUAGGAUGUCCAAUUUUAUACAAAACUCGACAUACCACGCAAGCCAUUUGCAUAGAUCAAGUUCCAUUAAAACGAUUUUCGGAAUAUAAAAGAUUGAGAAGAACUCCACCAAAUACACCAAAUCAAGAACCCAGUCACAAUCAGGAAUAUCAAAUUUGUAGUACAAGCUUCGGCUCACAAGUAAUAAGCCCUACAUCAAAUUUAGAUUCGGUACAAACUUUACCAAAAUUAUCACACGUGGAAUGGGAUUCGAAUAGUAUGGAUGUAGAAAUUCAUGGGAAACAAAAAUUUCACGAUUACGGGCAUUCAAAAUCAAGUUAAACUAAAGAAAAUUCUUGUUUUUUUUUCUAAAAUAAAUUAUUUAUAUGUAUUUACAAAUAUGUUUUCUGCAUAAUAUUUUCUUCAAAUGAAGAUUAUAUAAUUGGAAGCAUGUAGCUAAGCCAUGUAAAAAAAUUACAAACAUUCAGGAUACAUUGUUUGUAUUAGAUUCUUUUUAAAUAUAUUUAACAGAACAAAAUACUAAA